GGGCAGAGCGCGCACACACACGUAUACACGUACGUUCACCCACACACUCACUCACUGGAGACUCUGGUGCAUCAAGAGGCAGAAGAGGAGUGCGGAGGAGGGUACGGAAGGGACACGCAGACUGGGAAUACUCCAGCGAAGAGAGGCAUAGGACUGUGAGGAGACCCGCGCUAAUAUGCUGCCGUGCUCCGCAGGGACGGCUGAGCACCAGGGAGUUUGACAGGAUCUCAGUGCACCUGCUCCAUGCACACUGAUUAAGUGGGGAAGCUGACGUGUGCGAUGGCCAGCUUGGAUCUGCAGGUUCUCAGACCUCCACUUCUGCGUUACUGUUACCUCCAAAACAAGCAGCCCAGCUCGACAAUCUGACUGUACCUCCCUUCCUCUCCCCCCUCCCUCCCUCUCCCUGGGUGUCCCUCAAUCCUGGGCCCACCAUGGGAGGAUGCUUCUCCAAACCCAAACCAGUUGAAGUAAAAGUGGAACUCUCUCUCCUGGAAAAAGAAAAAGAGGUGGACGGGUUGUCGCCUAAUGGCAAAGCGAGUCCUUUUGCUGACUGCAGACCUAAUGGAGCCCUGGCUCACGGCUCUGAUGAUGACUCCACCCUUCUCCCUCUCUACCACAAACCUCGAGACUAUGUGGAGGCCUCAGUGUGCCACGUUAAAGAUCUGGAAAAUGGACAGAUGCGAGAGGUCGAUUUGGGGAGUGGCAGGGCUCUAUUGAUCAAAGAACAUGGGGAGUUCACAGCGAUGGGCCACAAGUGUCCCCAUUAUGGAGCGCCCCUGGUCAAGGGUGUGCUGUCCAAAGGACAUGUGCGAUGUCCCUGGCACGGUGCUUGUUUCAACAUUGCAACAGGAGACAUUGAGGACUUCCCCGGACUGGACAGCCUGCCCAUCUUCCAGGUCAGAGUUGAAAAGGACAAAGUGAUCAUUCGGGCAAAUAAGCAGGCUCUUCAGUCACAGAAAAGGUCAAAGCCCAUGGCCCGAUGUUCAGCAGUCAUAAACUCCAGCACAGGAUUCAGCCAUGUUCUCAUUAUUGGCUCAGGUCCAGCAGGUUUGGUGUGUGCAGAGACACUGAGGCAAGAGGGCUUCACGGAUCGCAUUGUCAUGUGCACCAUGGACAAACAUCCUCCAUAUGACAGGCCUAAACUGAGUAAGUCUUUAGAGAGCACAGCAGAGCAGCUGAGACUGCGCUCCACAGACUUCCUGCAGGAUCAUGACAUUGAACUUCUCACAGAGAAAGAGGUGGUGGCAAUAGAUGUGAAAACACAAUCUGUGAUAUUUGAAGAUGGCUUGAGGAUGGAGUACAGGAAACUUUUUAUUGCUACAGGAAGCAAACCAAAACCAAUGAACUACAAGGGCAAAGACGUCAGGAAUGUGUUUCACCUCAGGACGCCUGAGGAUGCUAACAGCAUAGCGAGGCUAGCCAACAACAAGAAUGCUGUGAUUGUGGGAACAUCAUUUGUGGGUAUGGAGGUGGCUGCAGCUCUGACUGACAAGGCCCACUCUGUCUCUGUCAUCGGGAUCGAGUCGGUCCCUUUUAAAAAAGCUCUCGGGGAGAAAGUAGGGAAAGCCAUAAUGAAGCUGUUUGAGGCAAACAGGGUGAAAUUCUACAUGCUGAAUGAGGUGUCAGAGAUGGUUGGCCAUCAUGGACAGUUGAAAGAGGUUGUACUGAAGAGUGGAAAAGUCCUGCGGGCAGAUGUGUGUGUCAUCGGAGCAGGAAGCAUUCCUGCAACAGGGUUCCUGAAACAGAGCGGCAUCCACUUAGACUCCAAGGGCUUCAUUACUGUGAACAAGAAUAUGCAGACGAAUGUUGAUGGGGUCUUUGCUGGAGGAGAUGUAGUGAUGUUUCCUUUCCCACCACGCAACAACAAGAAGGUGAACAUCCCUCACUGGCAAAUGGCUCAUGUACACGGAAGGGUGGCAGCUCUUAGCAUGAUGGGCAGAGCCACUGAGAUCAAAACUGUGCCUUACUUCUGGUCGGCCAUGUUUGGGAAGACCAUACGCUAUGCAGGUUAUGGUGAUGGAUUUGAUGAUGUCAUUAUACAAGGAGAUCUGGAUGAACUGCGAUUCGUAGCAUUUUAUACCAGGAGUGAGGAGGUGGUUUCUGUCGCCAGCAUGAACUAUGAUCCCAUUGUAUCCCGAGUGGCAGAGGUCCUAGGAUCCGGAAAGACGAUUAAGAAGCGAGAUGUAGAGAUGCUAACACGACUUGGCAAGACUGGAGACAUUUCUUGGUUGAUUGACAAAGGCUCUCAAUGACUUCCCAUCUGAAGUUCCCAGUUCUUCGGACACCUCAAUAUGGACACUCAUGGUGCUGAGACACUGAGCAGCUAAACACAAACUAGGGGAUAUGACUGUCUGUUUGGGACACAUUCACCUGAGAACAUCACUGAAACUUGCUUUUGUUCCUGAGAGACACUUUAACGCGACAAAAGGAGCCACACACCGUCUGAAAACACUGAAUGACUGUGUUGACGGGUCUUUUACUGGCGAUGUCAUGUUUCACAACAGAGCAAUACUGGAUUCAGCCUCUGUGCUGCUGCAAGAUGUAUCUACCUGUACACUUUUGUUUAUAAGAAGCCAGGGAUGGGCAAUGACAUUCUUUUUUGUACAAAUAACAUUGUAUAUAGUUAUAAUCCUGAAUGCACUGUAAAAAAAUAAGAGCAUACAUUUUUCAAGUGAAUGACAGACUUGGUCGUAUGCUUGCGUACAGACUGCAGAUCUGCAUGGUGUAACUUACUAUAACAGGAGUUAAAUUAAGCCCCAAACCAGAGAAAUUUUAAUGUAGACACAUCAGCAAAGCUUGAUUCUGCAACAAAACAAACUGUGUUACCACUUCAGCACCACCCUGAAUGCAGCUUUAACCAACUCACCAACUCACGCUCGCAGCUUUAAUUUGUGAUUUAUUAUAAUGGUUAGAAGCUUACCUCUCUGUUGUGGUUGCCUUGCUAGUAGAGUGCACAAAUUAAAUUCUUAUUCUUUGAUCAUGUACUAGAGCUUACUCAAUAGAUUCAUGUAUUUUCUAACAAAUAGGUAAAAUGCCUCUAAAUGAAUAGUGAGCAAUAGUAGUUUAAGGUUAUUUUUUAAGCCGUCACCCCCCCAUAAAGACAUUAUUUGUUACUAACUCAGGGAACUGAGGAUUGUGGCCUGGGCUUGCCGGUCCUUUUGCAAGCAGAAAUGAAUUUGUUGCUUAAAUAUUUCGUCCCAGUUAUUGCAGUUUUACUGGUUCAGAAAUACUUGCAACACACUUUGGGGUAGAAAGCAGAUAUGUGAUUACAUCCUGGUGUGCCGCAGAUCCCGAAACACUUGAGCCCUGACACACAAGUCAACACAGCAAUUUAAAAGGCAUUGUUCUCCCUGCAGAGAUGUCUGGAAUGGCAUUUUUAUAAC